AUGCGCCUUUCGUGGUCCGCAUGGCUUCUAAGCCCAGCUCUCCUGGCUGUGGCCUGUUAUGGCGUGCCUUACGACGAAUACAUUCUCGCCCCAGCAUCACGCAAUCUCGUUCCCCUUGAAGUUCUUGAAGUCAAUGGCUCCGUUACAAAUCCCUCCUCUCUGACGCAAUCCAGCAGUGGAAAUGCUACGUUCGAUGGACCAGCGUCUGUGACGUUCGAUUUUGGCCGUAAUAUAGCCGGCAUUGUGUCUCUGGACAUUGAGUCCUCAUCCACACGCAAUGCCUUCAUUGGAGUGACUUUCACAGAGUCCAGCUUGUGGAUCAGCAGUCAGGCUUGCGAUGCCACCGCUGAUUCAGGCCUCGAUUCACCACUAUGGUUCCCUGUUGGCCGAGGACCCGGUACAUACACGGCGGAUAAGAAACAAAAUCGCGGCGCAUUCCGGUACAUGACCCUAGUCACCAACACAACUGCUGCGGUAUCUGUCCGCAAUGUUCAGAUCAACUACACCGCCGCUCCAACUCAAGAUCUCCGCGCAUACACGGGCUACUUCCACAGCAACGACGAGCUGCUCAACCGCGUCUGGUACGCGGGUGCAUACACUAACCAGAUCUGUACGAUUGAUCCAAGUACAGGAAAUGCAUUGCCCUUCUUAGGCAUCAUCAACUCGGAUAGUAACAUCACUCUGCCGGAAACUGACCCUUGGUACAGCAACUACACUAUCUCAAAUGGCAGCAGCACACUUACAGACGGUGCGAAACGGGACCGUCUGAUCUGGCCAGGCGACAUGUCAAUUGCACUGGAAAGCGUCUCCGUGAGCACGUCAGACCUCUACAGUGUGCGCACAGCCCUGGAGACUCUACUCUCUCAACAAAAGUCGGACGGCCGUCUACCCUACGCUAGCAAGCCGUUCCGCGAUACUGUGAGCUUCACCUACCAUCUCCACAGCCUCAUUGGCGUAUCAUACUACUACCGACAUUCGGGCGACCGGGAUUGGCUAUCUAAGUAUUGGGGUCAAUACCAAAAGGGGCUGCAAUGGGCACUAUCUAGCGUGGAUAACACCGGACUGGCCAAUAUUACUGCUAGCUCUGACUGGUUGCGAUUCGGCAUGGGAGGCCACAACAUCGAAGCAAACGCUAUUCUCUAUUUUGUCCUCAACGAAGCCCAGGAACUCUCCCAAGCCAUCAACAACCAAAACAAUGCCAACUGGACCAAAAUAGCCAGCGGUAUCAAAUCCGCCGCCAACAAGAAACUCUGGGAUGCCAGCAAUGGUCUAUAUAAAGACAACGAAACGACGACUCUCCAUCCACAAGACGGCAACGCAUGGGCCAUCAAGGCCAACCUCACCCUCUCCACCAACCAAAGCAGCACCAUCUCCUCCGCCCUGAGCUCUCGCUGGGGCAAAUACGGUGCACCCGCUCCCGAGGCCGCAGAUGCCGUAUCCCCUUUCAUCGGCGGCUUCGAAUUACAGGCCCACUUCCUCGCAAACCAACCUCAGAAAGCACUAGACUUUAUCCGUCUUCAAUGGGGCUUUAUGCUUGAUGAUCCCCGCAUGACGAACUCGACUUUCAUUGAGGGCUAUUCCACCGAUGGAACUCUCCACUAUGCUCCGUAUACCAAUGACGCCCGUGUCUCGCAUGCUCAUGGUUGGUCAACUGGCCCCACGGCGGCGCUCAGUUUCUUCACGGCUGGACUGCAUCUCACUGGUCCUGCUGGAGCUACGUGGAGGUUCACCCCACAGCCUGGUGAUUUGACUAGUGUGGAUGCGGGAUACACGACCGGUUUGGGACUCUUUUCGACGACGUUCAAGAGAUCCAACAAUGGAGGUUAUCAGGAAUUGACCUUCACUACCCCACAAGGUACGACAGGUGAUGUAGACCUAGCGGGUACCGAGGGCACACUAGUCUCAGCGAAUGGCGAGCGUAUUUCUCUAGUGAAGGGAACUGCAACAGGCAUUUCUGGAGGAUCAUGGAAGCUGGAUGUUGCAAGUCAAUAG